AUGCUUUCGCAGAUACAACAAAAAUGCGCUGCUAUGGGAAACAAUCCAGAUUUCCUGAAGCUCAAGCGCGAAAUACAAGCGAGGAAGUCCUUUGUCGACUGCAUCGUCCGCGCCGUUGAUCGUCUCGGCCAAACUGUCAAGGAGAACCCGAACGCGCUGCAGGACCAAUGGACCCAGAUCUUUGAGCUGAAGGACAUAGUCGUAGAUGCCAUGAUCGAAUGCAUUCCCUGGUCUUCCCCACGUUGGGGAGAGCUGCAGAUUGCUGCUCAACAGAUUGUCAAUUUAUCGCUAUGGAACUGGGGUGACCUCGACGCCAGUGAAUACUACUCUGCACCGUGCUCACUCCACAAGGACGUAGUGGCAAUCACUAUGAGCUUGAGUGAUCUGGCGCUUUUUGACAUGGAGAUGGAAUCCCUGUAUCCACUCGUCCCAUCCAUUUCAACCAGUCCACCCACUGACGAUGACACGGCGGAAAUCAUCGACCGCUUAUUCAAUACGGAGAUUUUGGACCAGAAGACAAAGUAUCUAUACAGCACGAAGCGCGCUCUUGAUAUGCUGCAAGAACGCUUUGGAAAGUAUUCGAAUGAUCUGAAAGAGACCGAUGCGAUUUUCUGGCAAAUGAAGGGCGAUAGCCCUGCCAUCACGUCUUUUACCUCACCCUUUACCCUGCCCCUCCUCAAGGAAGAAACUCGCCAUGGCAAUUGUCUACUUCCCAAGGGACGUAUCACCAAUAUACUCGCAUUCAUCAACAACACUAUCACGUCCAUCGAACACCUGUAUGAACUCCUUGAACAAUCUCCCGAUGUUCUACAAAAGUUCCGACCCCAGAUUAUCCAGCUUAAAAAUGAAAUUGUUGCAGCUUUUGAGCAAGGCUUGUCGUGGAAGGACUCUGCCCGCCGGAUCGACCUUCAAAACAAAGCCAGGGCGCUCACAAUGUCCUCAAUGUGGACUUGGGGGGAGAUUGACGUAGACCCCAAUCAGUUCGGCUCUGAAACUCCCGUCCCUGUCGACCUUUUCAGUCUGAUUGACGCAAAUGCUUUGUUCAUAUACAACAAAAAGGGGGUCUUUGAGAUGUUGAAAGUACGAUUUCGGGGAAUUGAGGGAGACCACAAGGAGGGAAUACGAUGGAUGAUGAUCAUGGAUAUCGUGGAUGAAGUCCUGAAGGUGCUUUAG